AUGACGUCAUACCAGGGUUUCACGGCAGAGAUGAGAAAGCUUUUUGACCAUCCAGUCCGAGGUGCCGAUGACAGCUUCAUUGAUGCCGACUUAGUGGAACAGCUGGGGCUUUCCAAGGAGCAAUUACCGGAAGCCAUUGAAGCAACCACUCUGAACGGCAGUAGUCUGGCACGGAUCACUAUGAGGACUGAACCGGCCAGGUGGGCUUUGUUUUUUGGACGCUUCAAUUUUUCCCUGACGUUCCGACCUGGGUCGAAGAACGGCAAGUCGGACGCCUUGUCCCGGAUGUUCUCCAAGACGGAUGAGAGUGGGGCCAAGACUGAGACGAUUCUUCCCCAGAACCUUGUCGUGGGAGCCGUUACAUGGAGGAUUGAGGAGGAUGCUGCCUUCGACACUGUGAACCAUCAGAUCCUCCUCUCCACCCUCUCCGAGUUGGGCAUCUCCGGUGCGGCCCACGCUUGGAUUGCGUCCUACCUGACAGGUCGCUCCUACCAGGUGGCGAAUCGCAUCUCUGCAUGUCUGGCAGACAUAUCAGUGUGGAUGACGGAUCACCACCUCAAGCUGAACCUCGGCAAGACGGAGCUGCUCUUCCUCCCGGGGAAGGACUGCCCGUUCCAUGAUCUCGCCAUCACGGUUGACAACUCCAUUGUUUCCUCCUCCCAGAGCGCUAAGAACCUUGGCGUGAUCCUGGACAACACCCUGUCGUUCUCAACUAACAUCAAGGCGGUGGCCCGUUCCUGUAGGUUCAUGCUCUACAACAUCCGCAGAGUACGCCCCUGCCUCACACAGGAAGCGGCGCAGGUCCUAAUCCAGGCACUUGUCAUCUCCCGUCUGGAUUACUGCAACUCGCUGUUGGCUGGGCUCCCUGCCUGUGCCAUUAAACCCCUACAACUCAUCCAGAACGCCGCAGCCCGUCUGGUGUUCAACCUUCCCAAGUUCUCUCACGUCACCCCGCUCCUCCGCUCUCUCCACUGGCUUCCAGUUGAAGCUCGCAUCCGCUACAAGACCAUGGUGCUUGCCUACGGAUCUGUGAGGGGAACGGCACCGCAGUACCUCCAGGCUCUGAUCAGGCCCUACACCCAAACAAGGGCACUGCGUUCAUCCACCUCUGGCCUGCUCGCCUCCCUACCACUGAGGAAGUACAGUUCCCGCUCAGCCCAGUCAAAACUGUUCGCUGCUCUGGCCCCCCAAUGGUGGAACAAACUCCCUCACGACGCCAGGACAGCGGAGUCAAUCACCACCUUCCGGAGACACCUGAAACCCCACCUCUUCAAGGAAUACCUAGGAUAG